CCACCUUGUAUCUAACCCCUAUGCCAGUAAUUUGCUGAAUGGAACAACCCCCCACGGUUUGGAAGGCAAGCAAAGCACUACAAUCUUUUCCUAAGGCCUGACCUUACCUCUCAAUGAGAGCAGACGAUGCUAAGGCGCAUCAGGCGGCCUUCCCUGCUGCGAUCGAAUUCGCCUCGCUUAGUCUGGGCCCGUUGUGCUCGCUUCUCUUUUCCAGCGCAGUUGAUGGCCGCCAAACAAUUCAACUCAGUCAUGCCUUCCCAGGCCAAUACCUCCAGUGUGUGUCGCUUGGCUUCAUCCCUCCUUGACGACGGCUCUGUCAAUUGUAGAUGUGUGGAUAUAAUAGAAGGAAAAUCCUACCGGGCCUUCGUGCUUACCAUGGAUGAUGGGCGUGAAGUUCUUAUCAACACCAACACGCCUCGGACAAUCGCUGGAUCAAAUCGUUUCGUGACCGCCUCUGAAGUGGCGACUCUCAAAUUUGGUCUGCUUCCCCCCCCCUCCGCAACGCGAUAUAGAUCCUUUGAUGCUGACAUGAACUUUUCAAGUGCGUCAGUCAACGUCCCUGCCGGUUCCCCGCGUCCUUGCCUGGAAUACAGACUCGGCAAACGAAAGCGGGUCGGAAUAUAUCAUCCUGGAGAAGACUCCCGGGGUCGCCUUGGAUGAGAUCUGGGAGGGGCUGAGCACCCUGCAACGGUACAGUAUUAUCGAAAAGGUCGUCACUAUGGAAAAGGAGCUUGCCUGUCUGGAGUUUCCAGCCUAUGGGGCACUCUAUCUACGGGGCUCUUGAACCUGCUAACCUGGGACAUUAUCACAUCGCGGACGCGCGAGACAGCGCAGACUCUUUCUGCA